AUGAAGAGAACCAAUACUCGUUGUUUAUUAUUCGUCAAGGAAAAAGUAACGAAACAAAUAUCAAAUGGAAAAACCGUUCUGAUUGCUUCCCAUGCUUCUGCUUCCAAUCAUGCAGUGUUCAUUCCAAAGUACAUGAUGAAUACAUCGUUCUCUCUCUUUUCUUAUCAUUCCAAUGCAAAUAAUAUUGACCAUUCCGAUGAAACAUUCCGAGCAGCUAAUGAGGCUCAUGCAACAACCAGUGGUUCCUCCACGAGACCUGAGCAACUACAAGAAAAUUCGGGACCAUACGUUUCGCAGCUGAUUAUUGGUGGUGCUAGCGGAUUUGUUGGAAAGCAAUUACUCAAACAUAUUCUUUCUCCUAAUUCUCAGAAAAUUAAGGUUCCUUUUUCGGACCAAUUAUCAAAAUUGUCCCAUCUCACAAUUUUAUCGAGAAAACCCGAAGAAACGAGACAAGUUUUGGAACAACAAUGUCCUCUUCAAAGCUGGGAACGAAAAGACUCGAUUCAAGUUCAAAUUAAGGAUUGGAAAGACUUGAAUCCAUCAACCACAGAAAAGCAACCAUUAUUUCUCUUCAAACAUCAAGUGAGUGACGUUCGAGAAACAUUUGACACUCAUAACAAAAAGGUUGCUGCAGUGAAUUUGAGUGGAGCAUCUGUAGGAGACAAAAACUGGACGCCCGAAUAUAAGAAGGAAAUUAUCUCGUCACGAGUUCAAUCAACACAACAGUUAAUGCAACAUCUCAAUACUUAUGGUGAUGCUGCAAGUGUGUUUAUUGGAACAAGUGCUGUUGGAUACUAUCCUUCCACUCCUGAUCUCUCUCCACAUGCUCCUAUUUAUACAGAAUAUAAUUGCCCUCAAGCAGCAGACAAUCCAUUGGGUGAGGUAACCCAAGCAGUCGAAGACACAGUUUCACACUGCCACGUUGACAAUAUUAAAAGAAGAAUAAUAUUACGACCAGGAGCUGUGAUUGGAAAGAAUGGUGGCAUGUUGAGCCAUAUGAUUGUUCCUUACUUGGGAUUUGCAUUACCUAUUGUGUUUGGAACUGGUCUUCAACCAUUGAGUUGUGUUCAUAUUUCAGAUCUCAGUAACAUGUACAUUCAUGCACUCUAUACAAAUUUCAAUAACUAUUACCAACAAGAGAAGGUUACAGCAGCAACAACAACCACCAAUGGUACCUCCUCUCAUCCACCAACUCCUGAGUCAUCUGUUGUUGUAUACAAUGCAGUCAUGUUGGACAUGAUUACUUUUCAACAAUUCGUUUCCUAUCUCAAUGCAAAAACCAAUUUGUUUUAUUUACCAUUAAUUCCAAUGUCGUACCGUUUAGUUAAAUUAUUGUUCGGAAAGGAACGAGCUCAAUUGUUAUGUGAAGGGCAAUAUGUCACACCUACACGGUUCAUUCAAGAAAAUUUUCAAUUUAGCUACCCCAAUCUCCAUUCCGUGAUUGACGAAGUUGUAUCCAAGCAGUAG